AUGGCCUCCACCCAGAGCCCCACACCUGAUGGCCUCCACCCAGAGCCCCACACCCCGAUGGCCUCCACCCAGAGCCCCACACCUGAUGGCCUCCACCCAGAGCCCCACACCCGAUGGCCUCCACCCAGAGCCCCACACCUGAUGGCCUCCACCCAGAGCCCCACACCCGGCCGCCUCCACCCAGAGCUCCACACCCCGGCCGCCUCCACCCAGAGCCCCACACCCGAUGGCCUCCACCCAGAGCCCCACACCCAGCCGCCUCCACCCAGAGCUCCACACCCGAUGGCCUCCACCCAGAGCCCCACACCUGAUGGCCUCCACCCAGAGCCCCACACCCCGGCCACCUCCACCCAGAGCCCCACACCCAGCCGCCUCCACCCAGAGCCCCACACCCGGCCGCCUCCACCCAGAGCUCCACACCCGAUGGCCUCCACCCAGAGCCCCACACCUGAUGGCCUCCACCCAGAGCCCCACACCCCGGCCACCUCCACCCAGAGCCCCACACCCAGCCGCCUCCACCCAGAGCCCCACACCCAGCCGCCUCCACCCAGAGCCCCACACCCAGCCGCCUCCACCCAGAGCUCCACACCCGAUGGCCUCCACCCAGAGCCCCACACCUGA